AGGAAGACAGGAGUCACAGGACCAACAAGGGUUUAUAGAAACGGAGCAACAAGGGUUUAACAUAAACAUCCGCCAGCCAAGACUGUUUUCUUCACACCAACAAAAUGGUGGAAACACAGAGUAGGAAGAGGACAACAAAUGCAUCAUCUUCAUCAUCAUUUGGUAAAAAAUCAGCAGGGGGCUUCAAUUUGAGGCCAAAGACCAAAACUUUUCAUAAAGGCAGCAGCUUUGAGCUGCGAGAUGGCAAGGGUUUUAAGACUAAAUUUGAUUCUAGGGAUGAAAUUGAUCUCAUUGAUGAUAGAGGGGAUAAGGGUUUCGAAAGAAAGAGUUUCGAGAACAAGGGUUCUGAAAGAAAGACCAAAACAUUUCAUAAAGGCAAGACCUUUGAGCCAAGAAAUGGAAGGGGUUUCAAGAGCAAAUUUGAUUCCAGGGAUGAGAUUGGCCUCAUUGAUGAUAGAGGGGAAAAAGGUUUCGAAAGGAAGAGUUUCGAAAACAAGGGUUUCGAGAGGAAGAGCAAAACCUUUCAUAAAGGCAACACUUUUGAGCCAAGAAAUGGAAAGGGUUUCAAGAAUAAAUUUGAUUCCAGGGAUGAGAGUGACCUCAUUGAUGAUAGUAAAGGAAAGGGUUUCGAGAACAAGGGGUUCGAAAGAAAGACCAAUUUGAAGAACAAGUCCAGUGCUCACAAGUUUGAUGGGCCUGGGAAGUUUGGGAGGAGCAAGUUUGAAGACAAGAAUAGAACCGCGGAUAGAGGCAACAGUUUUGAGUUCCGGAGUAAUGACGGUAAAACUAUCAAGGGUUACAAAAACAAUUCCAAGGCUGAGAUUGAAGUGGAUGGUGGGGGAGAACAGGGUAUGGAAAACAAGGGUUUCGAAAGAAAGAACAGUUUCAAGAAUCAAUUUGAUGAUAAUCAGCAUUCACCUGUGAAAUUCGGGAGGAAUAGGAAGAAUAAAACACCAGUUGAUGAUGAUUCAGAGGAUAGACCUAAAAAGAAAAAGAAGAGAGGAAUGCGAUUAGACCGUUACGACUUGAGUAAAAAGCGUAUGGAUGAUGCUGCGCCUCCUGCUACUGAUGCAAUACAAAAGAAAGAACCAGAUGAAAACAAAGAUGUUGAAAUAUCAAAGAACGCACAGUUCCGUGCCAUACAACCUAGCCCAUCUAUUCUUUCUUUUGUGGAAGAAAAUCUGUUGGGGCGUAGGCGUGAAAUCGAGAUAAGAAGAGCAGGCUACAAUACUGAAAUUCCUUGUCCUUUAGAUAACAUUCCCUCAUCUGCCGAUUCAGAAAGAGCACGAAUUGAAGAAACAGUAUUUCGGAAUAAGUUAACAUUUUUUGCAGCUGCAAAGGUGUCGUCAUCGUUUCCAUUGCCCGAGGUACCAGAGAUUGCAUUUGCAGGAAGGUCAAAUGUAGGAAAGUCUUCUAUACUAAAUGCACUUACCCGUCAGUGGGGUGUUGUUCGCACAUCAGACAAGCCUGGUCUAACUCAGACUAUCAAUUUUUUUCAGCUUGGACCGAAGGUGGCCUUGGUUGAUUUGCCUGGAUAUGGAUUUGCUUAUGCCAAAGAAGAAGUGAAGGAAGCUUGGGAAGAUCUUGUGAAGGAGUAUGUCUCUACACGAGUUGGUUUGAAGCAAGUGUGUCUUCUUAUUGACACAAAAUGGGGUAUGAAGCCUAGGGAUCAUGAGCUUAUUGAUAUAAUGGAAAGGUCCGAAACUAAAUACCAAGUUGUAUUAACCAAGACAGAUUUGGUUUUUCCAAUUGAUGUGGCACGGCGUGCAAUGCAAAUAGAAGAGAAACUGAAGGCAAAUAAGUCUGUAGUUCAACCUGUGAUGAUGGUGAGCUCAAAAUCUGGAGCUGGCAUUCGAUGUUUAAGAACAGCACUAGCUAAUAUCGCCAAAUUUGCAAAGCUGUAGAAAACAUCCUCAAAACAGAUAUAUUGAAUAAUCUUUGAUUUAUAUUCUGAUUUCUAUUUUUCAUAAUUAUUUACUUGAAGGUAGGGGCUGUGCAUGACUGGGGGGUUUUGUAUAAGUGGAACUGUGGAACCCUUGUAUUUUUUUUAAUUUUAUUUUGGUAUAUGUUCAAUGUCAUCUCAGAAAGCAAUUGAGCACA